GUAUUUCCGCUGUUCUGACCAGGGAACUACGAAUAAGAAACCAACUUCAGCUUCAUCUAAGCGCUUCACGUCCGCUGCAGCAGGAGGGUCUGUUACUCCGGCGUUUUGUCAUGACCUCUCCUUAUUUCAUGCAGAGCAGGUCUGUUGUUACUCGGAGUGGAAAUCGAACUGUGGCUUCUCGAAGGUCCAAACUUACCAAGAGACGGACAAAACCGGAUACGGUUUCCUCUGUGGAUGUAAAGGUCGAAGUGGAGGAGGCGAGGAUCUCUGAGCAGAGACCCUCCUCAUUAGCUGAACAUAAGACACCGGUGGUAUAAACGUGUGGAAACGCAGGAACUGUCAUGCAUUAGCUACUAAAAGGUUAUUGCGCCUGCGCAAAGGCUGGGAAAGUUGUUCUUUGGUUUUGUUCACUGUAUAGCACUGUGCAUGUUACCAUUAAAGUUGUUGCAGACUAGACUUUAUUUCAUCUGACAACAUCAGCAUUCAAAGGGUAAUGCAGUGGUGGAAAUCGCGUGUGUCCAGGACCAUGGAGGAACUGGCACGGGAGAGCAUCAGCCUGCUGGCCCGGUCCGCGUCUCAUGCGGACCCACCGCGGCUCGGCUCUUUCGGCGCGGUGUUCAUCAUGCUGAAGUCUGCGCUGGGAGCCGGACUGCUCAGCUUCCCCUGGGCUUUCGAGAAGGCGGGGGGAGUGACCAUUGCCAUCAGUGUGGAGCUGGUAUGCCUCAUAUUCCUCAUCAGUGGUUUGGUUAUCCUUGGCUAUACAUCAUGCGUGAGCAGACAGAAAACCUAUCAGGAUGUGGUGAGAGAGGUGUGUGGGCGAGCAAUGGGUCAACUCUGUGAGGUCUGUUUUUGCUUCAACCUCUUCAUGGUGUCUGUGGCCUUCCUAGUGGUGGUGCAAGACCAGCUGGAGAAAUUGUGCAUUUCUUUAUAUGUAACCGUGACUGGGAUGAGUGAGGGAGAGGUGCCCUAUCACUGGUACACCGACCAAGGAUUUACUCUCUUCAUCAUUUGCCUCAUCAUCAUCCUGCCACUGUCCAUCCCAAAAGAAAUCAGCAUCCAGAAAUACACAAGUGUGUUGGGGACACUGGCUGCUACAUACCUGUGUGUGGCAGUGAUUGUCAGAUAUUUCCAGUUGGGCAGCCACAUGGCCAUAAUAACUCCAGAGCACAACCAAGGUGCAAGUUCUUGGACGUCAAUGUUCAGUGUCGUGCCAACCAUUUGCUUUGGAUUCCAGUGCCAUGAAGCCUGUAUAGCGAUCUAUAGCAGCAUGGAAAAUCAGAAGCUCUCCCACUGGGUGGUCAUCGCUGUGGUCUCCAUGUUUUUCUGUUUGCUCAUCUACACUCUAACUGGUGUGUAUGGCUUCCUGACGUUCGGACAAGCUGUUGCUUCAGAUAUUUUGAUGUCAUAUCCAGGAAAUGAUGUGGUCAUGAUCAUUUCCAGGUUACUUUUUGGAAUAUCAAUUAUCACCAUCUAUCCCAUCAUCCUUCUUCUGGGGAGAUCUGUGAUCCUGAACCUGAUGUUACGAGUCCAAAGGCGUCGUCGGGGAAUUGUCACUCAUUCUUUUGAGAGUUACUGCAGAGUUGUUCUCACUGUGAUCUGGAUCUCCGUCACUUUUGUCAUUGCCAUGUUUGUUCCCGACAUGGGCAAGGUCAUUAGUGUCAUCGGAGGAAUCAGCUCCUUCUUCAUCUUUAUUUUUCCUGGUCUUUGCUUAGUGUUCACUAUGCAAACUGAAACCGCAACUCCGCGAAUCAGGGUGAUUUUAACAGUCUGGGGAGUCAUAACCAUUGUAGUCGGAGCCUUCGUCUUUGGACAGAGUACAACCAUCGCUGUCAUGCAAGUUUUUCACGCAUUCUGAGUUUCACCACUAUAUCACCAGUAUUUGUGGCAGCUCCUCAUUGUGGUGCUUUUAGUUGUACAUUGGAUCCUGUUUUGGUUGUCUGUGGCCUUGAAAUAAAAUAUACUGACUAUGAGAAUAUAAUGUUUUCAUUUGUGACACAUACAUAUUGGAUUUGAAUGGAUUUAUAGUUAACUAUUUUAUUAAGUGAUAAACAUAUUUGUAUGUGAAUAAAAAAUAUUUAUGUGUAAAUAUUUGUAAUUUCUUUGCUGUACUGUACCAUUAAUACACCUUAAAUACUUUACAUUGCCAGUUAAUGUCUUCAUUUGUAUAUCACUACCAGGGGGCAGUAUUGCACCAUUAUGAAAUGUAUUUAUUUUUUUGUGUAUUUAUCCAUUCAUAUACCUAUGUAAAACUGUACAUUGGCAACAGAUAAGAGAAAAACACUGUCUGAAUCUCGAUUUUUGUUACAAACAGAUGGACCCAUUGUCCUUGAAGCGCAUGUGUACAUAUACCAGUUGAUAAAAAGAAUGAAGUUUUUUCUCACUGACCUCCACACGACCCGAAUCAUAUAACUUAAGUGGUGUAAAUUUGCAGCUUUCAUUGAGUACAGCGUGUAUGGCUGAGGUAUGCUAAAUGUCACAGUUGAUUGUUUAUUGACUUUAAGCACAGUGGAGUUAUGGUCCACUCCCUGCAAGCAUGCACAUGCUCACACAUAGCUGUAAUGAUUUACAGUAAAUCCAGAAAAUAAUACCAUAUCUGUGCCUGGGGGGAUCUGGCUAAAGCAACAGAGCAGCCAUGCUAACUUCAUAGAAAUAAAGCAAACUUAUCUGUCUGAAAACACAGAAGACAGAAUCAGGAAUUCAUUCAAAAAUAGACCAACUAACCAGAAACACACUACAGUUUCUCAUCAACAUUUAAUGUAACAGGGUUUUUCUCUGUCUUGUGCAGCAUUAAUGUCCUUAAGGGAAAACCUUUAAUUGUGAGACUCUACUUGUAUUGAGCCCCUGGGAUUAUAUUUUUAACUACUGGCCAAAUGACUAAAUCCACUAAU